CAGAACUACAAGGUAACGAGAAUAAUAUAAUUCAAUAAGCAAAAUUUUCUCGGAUUUCCAAAAAGGUUGAAGGAAAAUGGCGGACCAGCUCACCGAUGACCAGAUCUCAGAGUUCAAGGAAGCGUUUAGCCUGUUUGAUAAGGAUGGUGAUGGUUGCAUCACCACGAAAGAGCUUGGAACCGUGAUGAGGUCUCUAGGGCAAAACCCAACAGAAGCCGAGCUCCAAGACAUGAUCAAUGAAGUUGAUGCAGAUGGGAACGGGACAAUAGAUUUCCCGGAGUUCCUGAACCUGAUGGCAAGGAAAAUGAAGGACACUGAUUCAGAGGAAGAGCUCAAGGAAGCCUUUAGGGUUUUUGAUAAAGACCAGAAUGGUUUCAUAUCCGCAGCAGAGCUUCGACAUGUGAUGACAAAUCUUGGGGAGAAGCUAACUGAUGAGGAAGUUGAUGAGAUGAUCCGAGAAGCUGAUGUUGAUGGCGAUGGUCAGAUCAACUAUGAUGAAUUCGUUAAAGUCAUGAUGGCUAAGUGAGAGAAUCUUACCCCUUCUUAAAAGCCUUAACGCCUCCUAAAAAAAGGGAAAAACGAUUUAUGAUGUCUUACAGUGAAUUUUCAUCAUGACUUGAUUUCUGGUUGUGUUCUUUAGGACAUGUUUUUGCUUCUUUCCCCCCUUUUAUUUGUUUGAUUUUGUUAAGCUCCUUAGUGUUAUGCCAAGUAUGAACUCAUGUUUUUGCUCAUCCUUUGACAAUUGGUACUCGAUCUUAAUCAUUAUUUGUUUUUAUU